AUGCGUCGCCGGUACGGCCGUCGACGCGCCGCAAAGGCAAAGGCCGCCGCCGCUGCCGAAAAGGCCUCAGCAACUGGCGCGUCUGCUGGUGCUCCCGAUCCUGCAGACGUCACAGCGGCGACGUACGCCUCGGGCGCUGCCAAGAAGCGGCAGCCAACAGUGCAUGCAGCUGCCCAGAUCAAGCUGCACGUCCAUGGCCACGAGUUCCAGGGCGGCGACGAGAUUGUGCUGAAUCCAGACAGCUUCCCCCAGCUCCGGGAGAUGGUGUGGAAGGACUACGUGGUCGAGGUCUUCCACCCGGCGUACACAGGCGGAUCGCAGGUCGUGGCCACGGACGGAGCAGCAGCUGCUGCCCUGGCCGAAGGCUCGCCGCAGCACCACCUGCUGCUGGACAUCCCCGAGAGCAGUGCCGCGCCGGUCAAGGGCAAGAUGCAAGUGAGUGUGCUCAAGGACACGGCCACGUUCUUCCAGCUGGCCCCGUUCAAAGACGUGACGGUGCGCUUUCUGCCAAAGACGCAGGUUGAGGUGGAUUUUGUCGAACUCGCGCUCAAAGACCAGUUCAUGUCGAGACGAGACCUCAUGUACUUACAGCAGUCGAUGGUGGGCUUGGCCUUGUACGUUGGAAAGACGAUUCGGGUGCAGGGCACGAGGUGGCAGGUGCUGGAUGUGCGUGUAGGCGGCGACAAGGUACAGAGCGGCGUGAUUUCGGACAAGACUAAAUUUACCUUUCGCUCGCAGACGUCGCGCGUGAUGUGGCUCGUGCAGGUUAGCCCCGAGAUGUGGGACAUGGCAAACUCGGGCAUGUUGUACUUGGAGAUCUUCUUUGCCGUCGUUCGAAACGUGCUGAGCAAGUGGGUGAAGCACAAAGUCUCGCACAGCCUUACAAUUCUUUUUUAUUCGCGAUGUUUCUACCCGGAAAUGGACCACGAUCACGAGUUAUCGUCGAUGGAUGGUCAUUAUCGAAGCUCGAUGCCGAAGCGAAGACAACCUUGGGAAGAGGUCGAUGAGAAAGAGUCGUCGUUUUUGUACGACGAGCGCGAGCGCUUGUCGAUUGGUGCCGAUGAGAAUGGCAAGCAUUACCAGGAUUUCUACAAACUGGUCACGUUUGACAGCAUACUCACAGACGUGCAGCCGCUGCUCAUGGAUCUCAAGAAAGAAAUGAAUGCGUUCCCGCGCGAAUGUGGCUGGCGGUCACCAGGAUAUUGCUACAUCUCGCCGUUCUCUCCUGCAAAGUCAGUCCGAAACGAAGUGCGUCCGCGACCGGGAGUUCCGUCGAAUGCGCGCGACGGAAACCUGCUGGAAGCUGUCAACCUCGUGCUCAAUCUAUUCGAGAAGCACCAUAUUGACCGUGACCUGGCCCGCAGCGGUCAAAGCGUUGUGCUCAUCACGGCAGGCAACGGCAUUUUCUCCGUCAAUAAGCGGCUUUCUGAAAUCACGGAGCAGCGCAUGAUGGACCACGGUAUCGGCAUUGACCUCAUCUCGCUGGCAUCACGCCCUUUGCACAAGUGCCCGCUGUUUCUUUUCAAAGAGUCCGAUUUAUCUGAAAUGAAGCUUCCUGGCCGGAAAGACGGCAACCCUGCGACAGAGGUCUGUUUGUGCAGCAACAACCCCCACGGAGUCAAAAACGGGUAUCAGCGACGCUCACGCUCAGAUUCGACCGAAGUCGCUGCCGAUACAGGAGUGCUUGAUCCGGCCGUGUCGUCCAUGCGAACGGGCCAGUUGUGCAAGUACUGUUUGCAACGGGUGGAAAACCGCAAGAACUAUAUCGUUCCGCUUUGGAUCCCGCUUUGGUUUGUGCAAGAACACAUGCUCGUUCCUCACGAGUGCCCACUGGACGAAGACAUUACUCGGUUUUGCGAUAUCUGCGCCCCACAGAGUUCAAAGACCAAAACGUUCGAGCCGCUACCGAUGUGCCGGAUGUUCGGUAAAAACGGUCUCACGGAUGCUGAAUGCUUAUCACUUCCGAAGCCGCUGGAGUGUAUGCUAGCAGGCUUUCCAGCAACCGAGCCAUCGAUGGGUAACGAUGAGCGCAGUGACACCACCAUCGGCUUUGUACCGUCCGCUAGUGGGUCUACGUACGACAACGUCACUCCUGCCGGUCUUACAAGUGACCUCGUUCGCGCCCGGGCGUCUUCCAUUGCACGCUCUGACGACUGUGUCUCGUACGAUGGCGAAGUCCGUACCAAAGUUCGCAGCUUUUCGAUGACCGAACAAAAGAAGCUGCUCCAUGAAUACGACAGGUAUGAUGACGAAGUCUUUGAAUUCGCAUCAGCACCAAAACUGGUACCAAAGUCAUCCGAUAGCGACACCAGUGUCCGUAUCGCCACACCACCUCCGCUCCGCCCGGGAAUUCCGUUUUUUACCUCAACAAUCAAGAAACGGACGGGUAUCGUUGGAGUUCUGUCCUACUCAGCUGGUACUGGGAACGAAAACGGGGGCACCAGUAGCGGCGGAACACGCUGGCGUCACUACGAACAGCGAUCGCCUUCUCCGCCGAAUGUCGACAUGGCUGCUGAGUACAGAGGAAGUUUAGAGGCUAUGGCGGGGUCGUUAGACGACGACAAGGACAGACAUCGCAUGACUUCGAGCUCGUUCCCAAACACGUUGCAGCUCGGCGACGGAAGUGGCCGAAGUCAAACUCCGUUCGUGACGAGUCCCGUUCUCCGCCCUGCUGAAUAUGCCGUCAACGAAGAUAUCUUCCACUCUCAGGCCUAUAUGUUGAAGCAGCUCACGAGCAACCAGCGCCGAUGGAGCCAAGUGCGGCCAUACGAAGAUCAGCAGUACAAGAUUGCGCAGAAUGUGCUGAAAUGGAGGAGCCUGUGCUUUCCUGCGCUUUUGCCACUCGCGAGUGAUUUCAUGCCGGCCCCGAAAGAGUUGCAAGCGCACUACACCGAGUCAUUCUACAGCGUCAUGCUUCCAGAACGUGACGAGCAAAACGGUGUGAUGUUCCGCGAUUACCGUGAGCUGGUGUUGGAGAUGGUGGCACAGCGACUUUCCCAAGAUUUUCAACUUGUCUCCGUAGAAGUGUCGAAUGAAGCUGGUGGGAAAACUGGCACUGUGUUCCGACUCAGCAUGGGCCACCGAAUCCAUGAAAUCGUGUACAAUGAAGAAACGCAGACAAUUGAUGUGAAGCGCUACCUCCAGAAGGUGACGACACGCUCGGAUGUGGACAUCAUGGAGUAUCGCUACUCGCUCUGGUCGCCUAUUGUGAAUCGAUUUGUUGCAGUUGGCCAAGAGUUCCGCAAGUAUCUGCAGGUAGAAUACCAGUGGAACCACCUUGACCAACUAAUCUGCGGCUACAUUGACGUCAUGAGUGAAGGGAUCCGCUACAAGCGCAGUCUUUAUUGCCUCUUUCCACCUCGGUUACAAGGCUCCGAUAUCAGCGAUCAAGACAAUUUGCGGAAUUACACACAAGGAUGUCGGAAGUUCCUCGAGUUUCUGCGAGGCAAGGCAGGUGCUAGUACAGGUUUUCCAAGCGUGCAGUUUUCGACUGACUGGAAACACGAUAUCGCAGCGAGCGGUACUGAAGCGUUCAAGCGCGUUGGGCAGCGAAGUGUCAAGAUGCUGCUGCAUACCAACGAUGCGUUAACCAGUCAAAACUGGGUGAUUGCCAAGAUUGACACGGAGGUGUUUCCGACACAGUGUUUCCAUGUGGAGAUCCAGUGGCUUGUGUGUCGCAGCUCUCUCGUCGAUGAUCUAAUCACUGGAUUGAGUCGCCGUGCGAAGCAGCUCGGUCUGGAAAUGCACAGGGUGACUGAAAACGGCAUCUCGAGCAAUCUCGACCUGCAUCCGCUGAACUGCCCCAUCUUCUUGAGAAUUGACGGUCCACUCGAGCAGCAAGAGGUGGAGAAGGCACUGGUGGAGCGAUUUGAUUUCUGUGCGGAGGCGCUGCACCCGAUCCCGUUCACACAUCUGAAUCAUAACGCAGAGUACGCGGUCGUGGCGCAGGAGCCCUGUCAACCGCGCGCGCGUCGGAUGACUUCGUAUUACCGGCAGUAUGUACACCGGUCGCUAUCGUGCUUUGCGCGUAUGACGCAGACCGGACUGGUGUGGAUUUCGAACCAGAAGGUGCACGACGACGAGAUCCAGCCGAUCUUUGAUCAGCUGCGGCAGUAUAUUGAGUCACUGCAGGUGGUGCGCUCGGCGUUGGUGAGUCUGUCGGACGACGCGUCCAAGACUGAAGAAGCAGGAGCAGCAGCAACAGCAUUGUCAAUGGAGAUUGAAGAAGCUGUGCCAUCGAAGCAAAGAGCGCCGAAACUCGGCGCAAGUAGCCUUUGCGAAGAAAGCGUCACGAAACAGUCGGAGAGCACAGCUAGCAAAGCGGAGAACGAAAGCAGUCGAGCGGCGGCCAACGUCGUGGUGCAUCAUGCCGUCCUGGAUACGAAAGAAGACCAUUCGACCACUGCUGGCGAGACUGCUGGCUCCAGUGCCCCAUUUGCGAUCGAACCGCAGGCAGAUGAGGAUCCUGCGGAAUGUGGCGCAAUGCCAUCUGUGGAGAAAAAGACGGCCGCGAGACGAUACGCUUCGAGUGGAGAGUACGCGUCCCCGACCUCGUGCGGCUCGGCGGCGUGA